AAUUAACCCGGCUGAAUGUUUAAAUGUUAAAUGUUUAAAUUGGUCUGAUGCUAACGUCGAGCUAAUGCUUAAGUCAUAUCAUCACUCCGUCAAAUCCUUAGCUUAGCCUGUUAGCUGUAGCUGCCGUGCUAACUCUGAUGCUAAUGCUAACCGGUUCAAAAACAAACUGAAGCUUCAUGCUAACACACUGGUUAGCAGUUAGCAUUCACCUGCAGUUAGCAUUCUGCAGGUGAAGCAGGUUCUGGGUCAGACAUCUAACAGGUAACAGGCUAACUGGGUAACUAAGGUUUGGUAAAAACUGAUUCACAGUCGGAUUGAGAACCAUGUCUGUGCCCACACGAAGCGUCUGAAAUUGAAAAACAGGAUCCUUUGAAACUGAUCUGUUUUCAAAUGAGUUUAGUAGAGAGCCCUGUCACAGUGACACACCUGGACAACAGCUGAGUCAGCAAUACCGCCGCCGAGGUUUCCGGCUUCAGAACUUCAGGUCUGAGCGAACUCUGCAGCCGUUUGCCUCCACAUGUGACAGAAACCUCCAGAUGUUCAGCAGCAGGACACUGCACACCGCUGUCGUGAGUCGAGGACCAAUCGUCCAGUUCAAACUGUCAGACAUCGGCGAGGGGAUCAUGGAGGUGACAGUAAAGGAGUGGUAUGUGAAGGAGGGGGACAAAGUUUCUCAGUUCGACAGUAUCUGUGAGGUUCAGAGUGAUAAGGCAUCGGUUACCAUCACCAGCCGCUACGACGGAGUCAUCAGAAAACUCUACUAUGACGUGGACGCCACCGCCUUAGUGGGCAAACCACUGGUCGAUAUUGAGACAGAGUCCAGUUCAGAAGUGAUCCAGGAGGAGGACGUGGUGGAGACGCCGGCUAUGGCUCGAGAAGAACACACCCACCAGGAGAUCAAAGGUCACAAGACCCAGGCCACGCCAGCCGUGAGACGCCUCGCCAUGGAAAACAAUAUAAAGCUCAGUGAGGUGGUGGGGACUGGGAAAGAUGGACGAAUCCUGAAGGAGGACAUCCUGAACUUCCUGGCGAAGCAGACAGGAGCCAUCUUACCUCCUACCCCAUUCCAGGAGAUCCAGACUCCAGGUCCGGCUCCGGCUCCGGCUGCUGCUGCUACCAGGCCUGUGAGCACCCCGGCAGCCAUCAAACCCCCACCCACCACACCCAAACCUGUCUUCACUGGGAAGGACAUCACCGAGCCCCUCAAAGGUUUCCAUAAAGCGAUGGUGAAGACGAUGACGGCGGCUCUGAAGAUUCCUCACUUUGGUUACUGCGACGAGGUCGACCUGAGCCGUCUAGUGGCUCUGAGAGCUGAACUCAGAUCUGUUGCUGAAGGACGAGGGGUCAAACUGAGCUACAUGCCCUUUUUCAUCAAGGCCGCCUCACUCAGCCUCCUCCACUUUCCAAUCCUGAACGCUGCGGUGGACGAAGGCUGCCAGAACAUCACCUACAAGGCGUCUCACAACAUCGGUCUGGCGAUGGACACGAGUCAGGGUCUGCUGGUUCCCAACGUGAAGAACGUUCAGCUGCUCAGUGUGUUUGAGAUCGCUCAGGAGUUAAACCGUCUGCAGGCACUGGGAUUUGCAGGUCAACUGGGAACGACCGACCUGACCGGAGGAACCUUCACCCUGUCCAACAUCGGAUCAAUCGGGGGGACAUACACCAAACCGGUGAUUCUUCCUCCUGAGGUCGCCAUUGGAGCUCUGGGAAAAAUCCAGAUUCUGCCUCGGUUCGACGCUGGCGGUCAGGUGGUCCCAGCUCACAUCAUGAACGUCAGCUGGUCGGCGGAUCACCGCGUCAUCGACGGAGCCACCAUGUGUCGCUUCUCCAACCUGUGGAGGGAGUACCUGGAGAACCCAGCCGGCAUGGUGCUGGACCUCAAAUAAACAGGAACGUUUCCCAUCAGCCCCGGGGAGGAAGGAGACACUACACUAACACACCUUCACUUAGCCUCCUGCUGCCUUAGCUUCGUUUUUCUGUUGGAGGCCUUCAUGUGCGCUUGUCUUCGUUUCCCUGUUGCCUUUGAGCAAGGCGUCGGGGGGAGGGGUCAGCCUGUCAGUCAUGUUUCCAUGAUAACCAGUCACCCACAGACUGGAGAUUAGAGGUAGUUAGUUUGGUUAAUCUCUUCACUCACCUGAACUUUCAUAGAUGUUUAGGUUAAAAAUUGCAGAUUUCAGCAGAUUUACAGGAUCAUAACGAGAUGUUCUCACAUACUUUCUGUUAGCGGUGGAUUUUCUCUGUGCAUGUUGAUUUUCAUACAAAUCAAGUGAAACAGACGGUUGGCUGUUGGGUUGGAGAUCAGUUUAAAACCUCAUGUUCAGAGUUCACAUUCGACCUGGAAACAACAGCUGAGAGAAGAAUCUCAUCACGACGUACUGUAGUAUUUUUUCUGGGUCGCAGGCCCGUUUCACUGAAUGAUUGGUGAGCACAGAUCACGUAGAGCUGAAUCCAUUAAUCAAUUCGUCAAUCGACAGAAAAGUAAUCUGCAACUAUCGUGUCAAUGGAAUAAUUGUUUGAGUUGGUUCCAGGUUUGCUCUGUUGGUCAUAAACCACCCUAACCUGAGUAUCUCUGGGUUUUGACUUUUUAUAGACCAAAUGUUUAAUUGCAAAAAUAAUCAUAUAACAAAAAAAAUCCACAGACCAAUGUAUAAUGAAAAUAACUUGCUCUUGCAUAGUGAGUCGUAUGAAAAUUAACAGGAGAAAAAAUAAUUUUGUAAGCUUGAAUGCCACAGAUUUGAUGGUACAGCUCAGGAUCAUAUCACGUGAUCUUCAGCAGCAGCAGCAGCAGCGCGUUCAAGUGCUCAAAUGGAAAUUUGUCUGCUGAUGUGAUAUAGUCAAAAGCUCCGGAACAGCUACUAAAUGGACCUUCUGAGAUUUCUCCAUCCAACACAGAUGCAUCCUUUGGAAAAUAGGAGCGUAUGGUGUGUGGCUGUGAUAUUUUAAUUAAAAAUAACCAUAUUAGUAGCGGGAACCAUGUGAUUAAAAAUAUCCCCUAAAACAGUAAGUUCUAAAACCAGCUUGUCCUUUACUGGUGAAAAUUUUCUGACUAGUUUGAAAUGAAUCAAAUCACCAACACCAGUCAACCUCCAGUAAACAUGGGGCCGUUGGUGGGUGCCUGUAUCUGGUUGGUCAUCCAACCAAAGUGGGAGGUUUCACCUAAGCUUUAGCUGUAUGAGCCACUUGUGUGUGAACCAAACAGGACUAGUGUCAACCUAGGGAAGCCUGUCUGAGGUCAGAACCCAGACUGGGAGGCGCACCGUGUUAAUGUUAACGCUUAAUGGACUGAAACACUGAAAGCAGCAGUAUGGUCCAACGUUGGAGCGUCUUCAUGGUAAAAGAAACCAAGCAAUUUUCAAACAGAACUGGGACUUGAAUACGCUUCUUACAUCCAUAUACUGUUUACUUUUGUCAUGUGAUCAAAGUAACUGAGUAACAAAAGAGAACAUGAGUUUAAAGGUUUUUAACAAUAAGACACGGUUUUGCGUUUCAUCGCUUUGAUCUGGAGCUAAACAGCAGAAACGCAGAGUCAUCCACCAGGGACCCAUGUUUGCAUGGAUCGGAAACAGUUGAGCCUGGUUCAGCUUGUUUGUCCUACGACCCUGUGUCGGGCCCUUGCAAGACUGGCUCAUUACAUGAAUGAGGGGGCUGCAGGACUGAAGUGGGGUUGAAAGUGGCCUCAGACUCUGCCUGAUCUGUCCUCUCUACAACCUCUGAGAUGAAAAUGAAAUAUGAAAGAAAACUGACAAAUACCCAGUGAAAGUGAAGCUAUAGAUGAUGUACUGUAUAUAAUAGAAAUGUAAAAUGAAUCAGUGGUGAAAGUGGACUGACUGUUGACCUGUUGUGGUCUGUGGUCCCGCCCAUAAAUCCUAAACCACAAAGUGCCGUCUGACCCCUCUGUUUUUAUCUCCUGUAGGAACCACCUGGUUCUCCUCAGAACAACCUGCAGGGAGGUGUUAAGACACGGUGUUUGUACGUAUUACAGACUGUUAACUCCGCCUGUUGUAUUAGUGGCAUUUUCUGCCCCCUGGUGGUCAAAUUUAAUUAACGUAGCUUUAUACUUGCAUUGAAAGCGGUGAGCUGGAGGUAUUACUGACCACUAGAGGGCAGAGAAACAGAAACAGACACUAAACUGACAUACACCAUUAUCACUUUAGAAAGUGCUUGUUUUUAACUUGUGAUCAAACCAUUGUUUAUUUCCACACCCCGCAGCUACAGAGCAACAUGAUCCUUGAUCUGGAUCUGGUGUCUGUGUCACCUUGUGAGUCUUAAGUCCAGUACGCCCUCCCCUUUAGCUCUGGCUUUGGUCUCCACCAACUCCUGAGGGAAAUCUCUGGCUCUUUAGCUGCUAAACGCUCUGCUAUGUUCCCCAGCUGGUCUCUGACUGUGUCUGAUCUGAUCUGAGCCUCUUUUUGUCUCCAGAGGAUGAGAUUGUUUUGGUCCUAAACUCUUAUAUCUUCCUCUCUGAAGCAGCUGGAUGUUUCAGUCAUUUCUCCUGGAAUUUUUCAGUGUCCCGGUCGUUGCUGGGUAAAGGGCACAUGGUGUCGGUUGUCUGUUACAUAACUGUCUCUGGUGUGGAAAUGUUUUUCUUGUUUUGUGUUUUUGUUUUUAGUGACACUAAAUGUAAAGGUGUAAAAACAGAAGCAGCUGGGUUUUGUAUUUUUGGGAAUGUGUAGAUCGGUUUUCAGCUCCUGGUGUCUGAAAUGAUUAAACUCAUGAACAAAUGAACCAUUUGAACCCUGGUGAAUAACUUUGAAUAAAGUUGAUGUGCACAAACCUUAAA